GUUCUCUCGGACACGAACGUUCAAAGCCCUGCAAACGCACCCGUGGGUAUGUGAAUUUGAUGUCGCUUACCUUCCUGCCAUUCCUGUAUCCCGCCCUCAAAGCACACGAAGAUACCCAGUUGUGCAUGGUCGCCGUUGACACCAGUUCUCACUCCUCUCGUCAACCAGGCGCUUCUCCCGUCGCAUCAACAACCCCACUCAUCACCCUAAACCUUGGGCCAUCCGUCCGAGCGAGCACAAUAACUCCGGUGAGUUUUUUAUUUAUUUUUAUUUGCACUUCACUUCCUGGUCCGACACGCCUCUAGGAGGUGACUUGGACCAGAGGCUGUCAGGCUGCAAGGACACGCCUCUAGGAGGUGACUCUGAGCACUUAAGCCUGACAGCUUUUAACUUUUAUCAUAUUGGUUCCUACUACCUACUAUGUGUACUGACUUCGUUUCUUGUA